CACCAUUUCCUUAUAAAUCCCCAAACCCUAGCCCCCAUUUCGCCUCCUCCCAUCGCAGCCGCACUCCCUCCUCCGAAAAUGACCACCAGAUUCAAGAAGAACCGCAAGAAGCGCGGCCACGUCAGCGCCGGGCACGGUCGUAUCGGCAAGCACCGCAAGCAUCCCGGAGGUCGGGGUAACGCCGGAGGAAUGCACCACCACCGCAUCCUCUUCGACAAGUACCAUCCUGGAUACUUCGGCAAGGUCGGUAUGAGGUACUUCCACCGCCUCCGCAACAAGUUCCACUGCCCGACGGUGAACAUCGACCGCCUCUGGUCGCUGGUACCGCAGGAGGUGAAGGACAAGGCGUCCAAGGACAACGCGCCGCUCAUCGACGUCACUCGGUUCGGCUACUUCAAGGUGCUGGGGAAGGGAUUGCUGCCGGAGGGAAAGCCGGUCGUGUUGAAGGCCAAGCUCGUGUCGAAGAACGCGGAGAAGAAGAUCAAGGAAGCUGGAGGCGCCGUUGUGCUCACCGCUUAAUUAGGGUUUUCCCCCCCAAAUUAAUUUUGCUUUUUUUAUUUAUGUUUUAUGCAAUUGGUAAUACUUAUGAUAUUGCUAGUCGAUGCACUUGCAAUUGCUUACAUUGAAAACUAUGAAUUUUGUGUUGCGCUUUAUGUGAUUUUGGGAUAUUCCAGAGUAAUGCAUUUUUAUAUUUGAUAGCUUA